AAGUGCUCCUUGGAGUAAUAUUGUUCUGUGGUCAAGUGUCACUGGCGCGGACGGUUAAAUUCAUGUGAUAUGUGCUUAUAAAAAUAUUGUUAAAUGUCAUGGAAGUUACUUUUUCACCAAUGGUCAUUAUUACGAUUUAAACCUGAUUCACUUCUUCAACCUCUAAUAACUAAAAUGCCGUUCUACGCCGUAGCAAAGGGUCGGACGUCCGGCAUCUUUAGCACUUGGCCUGAUUGUGAAUCCCAAGUGAAAGGUUUCCCUGGUGCUCGGUACAAAAAGUUUGAUACAGUUGUAGCAGCCCAGGACUUCAUUGAUACGCAUGGUGGCAACAAAUCACAGAAAACUACGUCUUCUAAUACUUAUAAUCGCGCAAGUUUACCCACUCAAUCUUCCACGUCGUAUGGAUCGUCUACCCUUAAAAGGCAGUUUAGCACUUCAAACGAAAAACACUUAAAUGAGAGUGCGCCAAGUAAACCAAAGAAGAAGUAUAAGAAGUCUUCUUUCGCCUCUGACAACAGCGAUGAUUCCGACGACCUAAGUGAAAUCAUAGCAAAACAAAUGGAUGAUAUAGAGAAGAGAUUAAAAGGUUUUGAAAAAGGUGUUGACAAGAUAAUAAAAAAAAGCGCUAAGACUGAAAAAAAAGCUAUUAUGAUAGAACCACAGGCCUUGAGUAGAGUGAACAGUACAAAUGAUUUUCAAACUGACAGAGAAGGGUAUGUCCAAGUUUAUACUGAUGGUGCUUGCUCGUCCAAUGGCAAAAACGGUGCAAAGGCUGGUCUAGGAGUCUUCUGGGGUGAAGGACACCCUUUGAACUUCAGUGCACCUGUCUCCGGUCGUGCUACAAACAAUUGCGGAGAGAUACAAGCUGCUACCUGUGCCAUCAAGCAAGCAAUUGAUAAUGGUGUGGAUAAACUGGCUAUCAACACAGACUCUAAGUUUCUCAUCAACUCUGUGACUAAAUGGAUGCUCGGUUGGAAACGAAAAGGAUGGAAACUUCAGUCGGGUGAGCCUGUGAAAAAUGAAAAGGACUUCAAAGACUUGGACAGAAUUCAAAACAAAAUUCACAUUAAGUGGAAUUAUGUAGAAGCCCACAAAGGCAUACAUGGUAAUGAAAGGGCUGAUCAACUGGCCAAAGCAGGAGCUGCCAUGUAUGGUAAAUAAAAGUUUUUAGGUAUAUGUAUGGUUUUGCAGAACCCAUGGACUCAAAUCUGCAUCUCCCUUGGACAUUGUGAAGAGAAUGUCUCAGACCAAUUCAGCCAGUGUCAUUGAGUUUAAUUUUUUUUAUCGUUGCAUGGUGCGUGUUACGCAUGCAUGCCUCUCAUUCUCCCACAUACUGAGGAAGCAGAAUAAUAGUAGGCUGCUUUGUUUUUGUGGCAUGUAAAAUAAUGAGAUGCACGCAUAAUUUAUAUUAUAUCACCUGUACCAUGCUACAUCAAAAAACCUGAAGUGACUACCACAUCAUUGCCAGUUAACAUCAUGGCAUGUUAAUAUCUGUCAUGAUUGUGGCUCUCAUAAAGCUUUGGUCAAAGAUUGGGCAUUCAUGAGAAGGCUGAAAUUAGUAUAUUGGAAUAUUUUUUUUUUAUUUAUCACUUGUUUUUAUGAGAUCGUUAUUGAAAUUAAAAUAAAACUAGAAUGUGUAGAGGUAAGGUAGGUGUCUAUUUAAAUAUCACCCAAUGUGCAUGAUGAAUAGCACUCUUGAUAUAAUACAAUAUUCAUCCAUUCAAACAUUCUAUAAAUCAAUUGUACGCUUUUCUAUAUUUUUCUUACUGUAGACCUUUCUUUUAUUAUUUAUUGCUCCACUAGUUUUAUUUUUAAUUGAUUUAAUUUUAGCUGCUGGACAGUUUUCUUAAUAUAAUAAAUAAUUUGGUUUUGUAUAUAAUAUUGGGUGGGCUUCAGCAUUGUUAUUACAGCAUUGGUUAU